CCUCGCAAUGGGCAGAGAGCCCACAAAAAGGAUUGAGCCCCUGUAAUAUAAUAAUAAAUAAUAAUAAUAAUAAUUAUUAUUAUUAGUAGACUAAACGUUGGAGCGGAGAGAGAGAGAGAUUCAUUCAUAGACAGAGAAGGAGAGGAAAGAGAGAGAGAGAGAGAGAGAGGGGCUCAAAUCGACCGGCGGUUUGGGUCUGGGUCUGGGUCUGAGAGAGAAAGAGAAAGAGGGGUAGAGAGAGAGAGAGAGAGAGAGAUGUCAGACCUAGACAGGCAAAUAGAGCAGCUGAAAAAAUGCGAGCCUCUCAAGGAGUCCGAAGUGAAAGCUCUAUGCCUCAAAGCCAUGGAAAUCCUCGUCGAAGAGAGCAACGUCCAAAGGGUCGAUGCCCCUGUCACUAUAUGUGGUGACAUCCACGGGCAGUUUUAUGACAUGAAGGAGCUUUUCAAAGUAGGAGGUGAUUGCCCAAAGACUAACUACUUGUUCCUUGGAGAUUUUGUUGACAGAGGAUUUUACUCUGUUGAGACAUUUCUACUUCUACUUGCCCUUAAGGUGAGAUAUCCUGAUCGGAUUACCCUUAUCAGAGGCAAUCAUGAGAGUCGUCAGAUUACACAGGUAUAUGGAUUCUAUGAUGAGUGCCUACGUAAAUAUGGCUCUGUGAAUGUUUGGAGAUAUUGCACCGAUAUAUUUGAUUACUUAAGUCUCUCUGCUCUCAUUGAGAACAAAAUUUUUAGUGUCCAUGGUGGUCUCUCUCCUGCCAUUUCUACAUUGGAUCAGAUACGAACAAUUGAUCGGAAGCAAGAAGUACCUCAUGAUGGUGCUAUGUGCGACCUCCUGUGGUCAGAUCCUGAAGACGUAGUGGAUGGUUGGGGUUUGAGUCCACGUGGUGCUGGUUUCUUAUUUGGCGGCAGUGUUGUUACUACAUUUAACCACUCAAACAACAUUGACUAUAUAUGUCGUGCUCAUCAGUUGGUAAUGGAAGGAUAUAAAUGGAUGUUCAAUAAUCAGAUAGUUACAGUAUGGUCAGCUCCAAAUUAUUGUUAUAGAUGUGGUAAUGUAGCUGCAAUCCUCGAGCUGGAUGAAAAUCUUAAUAAGCAAUUUCGUGUUUUUGAUGCAGCUCCACAGGAAUCACGGGGAGCGCCUGCCAAAAAGCCUGCUCCAGAUUACUUUCUAUGAGACUGAUUGAGUAAAAAUUUGCAGUUUGUUGUCCAACAUGCUUGAAUUGAUGAACAACAUAUACAGCCACACGAUGGGAAUGGUAUUGUGUGACACAAAAAGCCAAAGAAGGGGUAGGCUUCUCAAUGAUCGGUUCUUCAGGUGACCAGCGAGAGUUGUACUUUCCUGUUCGUGAUCAGUUUGGAUAGUGGGGUUUGCUUUUCUUAGUUGCCUUCUACCGUUGUUGAUGUUUAUUUAUAAAAGCAGUGUGCAAUACUGUUUGUUAUGCUAUAUAGAAUCCUCAUCCCUAUUCAUGUUAGAUUGGAAAGGCAGGUGGGCUUUUAGUAAUUUAAGUCUUUCUUUUCAUCUAUAGGAUUAUGAAAAGAAAACGUUGGGAAUGGAUUAGGAAAAGACAUGAAGGGAAUUAUUGAAUCAUGGAAAAGAAAAAACCGCUCAUAUUGGGUCUCUUUACCCUCUUGGGCAAUAAAAAGUUCUUCAUUAUUUAUCUCA